AUGGAGAUGAAUCCGAAUUCACGGAAAGGUCCCGGAAGUGAGAGGAAAUCCGAAGCGAUGGAGAAUUCAAGCGAUGAGGUUGAACAUGACCCAACGGUUUCUUACGAGGUGAAAAAACGUAAAUUUGUUUACGAUAUCCUUGAUAAGCCGCCUAUACACCUGGUGGUAUUCUUCGGACUUCAGCAAGCUUUACUUUCCCUCUCUCUCAAUCUAACGACAUCCCUACUUGUAGCAGAUGCUGCAUGUGGCUUUGAUAAUGAACUUCUCAAGGCAGAGCUGCUAAGCACCACAUUGUUUGCCUCUGGGAUCAGUACGUUGCUUAUGGUGACGGUUGGCGUCAGGCUUCCGAUUUACCAGGGCCCGGCAAUGGCUUUCGUCACCCCAUUGGUAGCUCUGAAGAAUUUGGCUGAUUGGAAGUGUCCAAAUUCUGAAGUUGUCAAUAAUUCCACGAUCACUGACGGUUUUAACCAAACACUUAACAUAAGCACGCUGCCACCAGUCUAUGUGAGAGAGGAAGCUAUGCUGAGAUUACAAAUGAUGCAAGGCAGUUUGAUGGUAGCUGGGGUAUUUCAGACAUUGUUAGGGGUAACUGGUUUGAUUGGUCGAAUCCUAAGAUUUAUUGGACCAAUCACAGUCGUCCCUGUCCUCUUGUUGAUCGGAAUCAGUAUCUACAAAACCGCCGUCAAGUUCUGCAACGCACAUUGGGGCGUAGCUUUGUUAACAUUUGCUGUGGCUAUGGGAUUGUCACUUUAUUUGGAAGGGCGACAGACACCGAUACCGUUCUGGAAUAAAGAGCGGGGGUUUCAUAUCACUUACUAUCCUCUCCACACAGUCUUCUCAUUACUUAUAGCUAUUAUCGUGGGCUGGUUGGUCAGCAUUGUACUGACCAUGACGGGGUCACUUUCAGAUGACCCUAAAAGUGCGCAAUUCUUCGCUCGAACAGACUCAAGGGUGAAGGUCAUUGAAGAAGCAAACUGGUUCUACUUCCCAUAUCCAGGACAGUUCGGACCGCCGAGAUUCAAUUUAGAUGUGUUCGUCACAUUUUUCAUCGCCACUCUCAUAUCAGUCAUCGAUUCAGUUGGCGACUACUACGCUGUCGCGAGAAUUUGCGAUGUGCCGCCCCCACCAACGCAUGCAGUUAACAGGGGUAUUUUAGCGGAGGGGGUAAUGAGCACUGUGGCGGGAUCCUUAGGGGCUGGCCAUGCCACUACAUCAUAUGGUCCGAAUAUUGGGGCCAUCGGCUUUACCCGGGUGGCGAGUCUGCGUGUAUUUGUUGCCUGCGGAAUCACCUACAUCAUCUUCGGAGUGAUUGGGAAAAUCGGCGCCUUCUUUAUCACCAUGCCUUACUCAGUGUUAGGAGGGGUAUCAAUGGUAAGCUUCGGUAUGUUCAUUGGCUUCAACUUCGCUAAUCUGAUACCAGUCCAGCUCAAUGCCCGUAAUAUGUCUAUACUAGGGAUUGCCAUAUUCUUCGGAAUCAUGAUGCCUCAUUGGUCCAAGACUCACUCAAUCAAUACAGGAAUUUUAGACUUAGAUAGACUUCUUAACGCCUUUAUUAGUAAUACGAUGUUCACCGGCGGAUUCAUCGCAUGUGUUCUUGACAAUACAGUGUCUGGUACCCUGGAGGAGAGAGGUUUAAAAGCUUGGCUAGACGAAACGGUUGGACAAAGCCAAACACAACGAAAGAUCCAUCUGUACGAAGUUCCGUACUUACAGGAAAGACUCGGCCGAUAUAAGUGGGCGAAAUACAUACCAUUUAUGUCUGGAUACGGAAAAUCCUUGUAA